AUGGCACGAACAAAUAAUCCACAAAUAUUUCUCAAUCGUCUCAACCUUGGUCAAGUAAGUGAUUUUGUAACAGAUCUGCUACCGCCUGGUUGUCAUUUUAAUUUACUGAAUAAAGAUCAUUUUAACAGUCCAUCGAUCACUAUGAAACAGCUUACAAAAAUGAAGAAUGCUCGAGGAGAACAACAUCCAGACGAUCUUUUUUCAAAAGAUGGAUGGAGUGUAGAAUUACAAAAAAAACAUCACAAGCGGCCACCCACCCAUCAUCCUUCUGCUACUUUACGUGUAGACGGUACAGCUUGGUCGACAUCAGUCCAAGAUCGUUUCAAUCAGUUUUGUGUAUCAAAAACUAUUAACAUAUUAAAGAUACAAUCACAUCAUAUAAUUCUUCGUUUUAUUUUAGCUCGUAGUGGUCGUCGACUUCCGUUACUGGCUGCGAAGAAACACCAUGAACAAGGUCAGUUCACAUUUUUUCUUCUUAUUGUAACUUACACUUACAUUUCUAUUUAG